CAUUUCAGGUAUUUUGAGUUAGAAUGUUGACCGCAGAAAAAAAAAUUGGUCUAGCAAUAAUCAUUGCCACAAACUGCUAAAAUAAGACAUAUUACAGCUCAAAAUUUGCCGUUCUGUUGUUUGAUAUGUUUGCCACUUCUGGCACAAGACUCCAGGAUCACAAACCAUAACCGUAAACAUUAAUGUAAAUUUGUCAAAUAUUUUCCCAUUCCCAAGCCACUUUUUAUUAUUUGUAAAUUCCACAAAACCAUGGCUUCCUUCUUCCUGGCCAAAGCCGCACCACCACAACAGCUAACAGCGCCUGCGAAGAAAACUGCUAAACAUAGAAAAUUUAUGUCCCAACACGGGCUACAUAAUUGUCACGAAUAAAUAAUACAAACAAACAGCACCCUGGGGAGAUCCGUUCGUCGCUCGUUUCCAAUCUGGACGCAAAAGAACGUGAGAUUGAAUAUCACUAUUAUCUGUAGCAGACUUGUUCUCUUCCUCGGUUUUUUAAAUCGCUCCAACGUUUGGAAGUUGUGAUGCUUCCACCACGCUCAAUUUCCCAUAAUUCCACUUAGUAUGAAACGAGAAGUUGCCUAUUUUUAAAAAAUAAGUUGCAUUUUCGUUUCUAUAAAUUUAUGAAGAGUAGAUCCUAACACAAGCGAUGAAAUAAGUUCACUUUAUCCUAAUAAAAGAUAUAAUAAAGCGGAGCUGAGCGCCAGUGCGAUUUCUAUAGUAAAUCUGGUUCUCAAUAUGUGGUUGCCAUUGCCUCACACAAGCAGUGUCAAACCCAAUACAAUGUUUUGCUGAACCAAAUGGAGGUACAUUACUUGCGAGUUGUAAUCCAGUCGAAUAAAUUAGCACGACACUUGUGAGGUCCCCUCCUGAUGGUCAGUUGUAGCGUGGAAAACUGCGAGAGCCCUGCCCGAGUUUUGUGCAUGUUUUACACGACUUGAAUUGAAACGAUUACAAACCGUCUGAUUCAAACAAUCUGCAAUGGAACAACUACGAGUACAUGAUCAGUUCGCACCCUUCUCGCGCUCGAAUCUGCACACGAUCUGUUCCACGCGGUCGUAUAAAACACGGACAUUGAUUCACGCAACCUGGUCGAUUCCACACUCCACACUGCAACCUAUCCGAUUUGGGGUAAAGAUGUACUCGCUGUCAGCUCCCCUCAUGGAUACCAUAUAUCCAUCGACGAUUAGUGAGAUCAAGAUAAGAACUCUGCAGAACUGGAAACCGGCAAUAAAAUUCACACCAGCAUUCUGGGAGAGGAAAGUUCUAAAAACGUCCUUCUAAACUUGAAGUGUUUGGUGGCUUGAAGCAAAACAUUGGUAUCAAUUUUAAUGGAUAACAACUCAUCAUAGGCGGCAAUUAUUGAAAAUAUGAACAACAUAACAGUGGUAUUCAACAUUUCUAAAAAUGAACUUUUCAAGUUGCCGGACAGUUACAAAACACUGCACCGAAAGCUUAAAGUUAGCUACCGGGUCGAAAGCAAUAAAAACGAUAUUACGCCAGAUAUUCUAAAAGGUGCUACCGUGUUUGUACUUGCUGGGCCUCAGGAAAAGUUCACAGAAACAGAGUUUCAAUACCUCAAGGAUUACAUUUCCGAAGGGGGUCGUUUGUUACUUCUGCUAGGCGAAGGUGGAGAAGUCAAUUUCAACACUAACAUAAACUUUCUUCUUGAAGAAUAUGGCAUGACAAUCAAUAACGAUUCCGUUGUUCGCCCGCAAUACUACAAAUACUUUCAUCCAAAGGAAGCUCUCAUUAGCGGUGGAAUCGCUAGUGACACAUUGAACAAUAAUUUACUGGAAUACAGUAAAAGUAUACUGACUGCGUUCGAUUUUAUGGAUGAUAAAUAUAAGGUCGAGUUUGUGUAUCCCUUCGGAGCUACCAUGAACGUUAUUCAGCCAUCGGUAGUACUGAUGACAACCGGGCCUGCCGUAUACCCCUUCAACCGGCCCCUCGCUGGGUACUAUCAAAAUGAAUCUAACGGAAAGCUCGUUGCCGUCGGUUCUGGGCACAUGUUUCAAGAUAAAUACAUUACGAGCGAGAUCAAUAUGGCCGUUUGGGAUAGCAUAUUUAGUAUGAUCCUCACGGAAAAUUUCAGCUUUAAGCCAUCGGAUUUCAACGAUCUUGAGAUCAAUGACUAUGCAGUUAUCCCAGACACGAUCUUUCUAUCGGAGCAACCCAAGCUCUGUCUGAUGGAUUCUCUCGAUUACGAUAUUCCCGCCGACUUCAAGAAGCUGUUCGAUAUGACCCUGUACUCAAUCAAUAACGAUCUGCUUCGCGAUGUUAUCAAUACCUACGGCAAAUUGGACGUGCAAUACGAAACGCUCAAGAUCAUCAAGCCGCAGUUUGAAAUUCCCCUACCGCCACUGCAGCUUGCGGUUUUUCAGCCUAUCUUUAGCGAUCUAACGGCGCCACCGUUGGAGCUGUUUGAUCUGGAUGAAGCGUUCAGCUCGGAAAAGGCUCAAAUCACACAGCUAACCAACAAAUGUCUGUCGCCGGCAUUGGAAAACUAUCGAAAGGAAGGAACUGAUGAAAAGGAGCUGGGAUAUUUUAUUCAGGAGUGUGGAAGAAUUUUGAAAGUGUUCCAGGAUGAACAGAGAAUGUCAGCAAAAGAAAUUCUAAACGUAAUUAGUGUUAGAAUUGCUCAUUAUAAAAAACUUGACAAGGAUUGAGACAACAACAAAGGCAAUUAAAAUCACUGUUCGACUGACAACUAGAGCUGCAGUAAAAAUGAUAAUGAUGAUUUGCGAGCAGCGUUUUGUCCAUUAACAUUUUGUUUGUAGUGAGUUAUCAGUUAUAAGUUCGAAAAUUGAUUUAAUAAUAUUUUUCAUUGGAUAGUCGGUUUAAACUUAAAAAAAUUAAGUCCAAAACGCAAUAUGCCCGCCAGCUCCGAUAAAACAUAACCUCCAAUUGAGUUGUUCAGCUAUUCAGGGAUUCCUGAUUGUUAUAUAUCAGUUAAAAGAGUGUAAUUUUCUGAGCAAAACGUGAUUUUUUGAAAUUUUAUAUUAUUGUCUUUCGAUUUUUAAAUAAAGAAUAAAAAUCGAUCUAAAUCGCUACAAUGACAGUUGGUAUAUGGGCGAACUAUCAUUGUAGCGAUUUCGAGCAGUUUUAAUUCGUGAUUUAAAAGUUGAAUGACGACGAUAGAAAAUUUUUGAAAAUCACGUUUUGCUUAGAAAAUGCAGCUCUUUCAGAUGAUAUAAAAAAAAACUGGUAUAUGUAACCCAACUAGUACUUUGCGAUUUUUUUGACUGAGAAAUAUUGCAUUGAAUAAAUAAACAAACCCAUUUAUCUGGUAUUCGGA